UAGAGCGUUGUAGAGAUAGAAAUUAAAUUGAUCCUAAUUUUGUUAAAUCAAUUCUUACAUAUUGCAAACAUAGCAAAGUAUUAUUAAUAGAGUGCAAAGUCGCAGGCAAAGAACAGACUACGUGGCCCUUAUAAAAGACUAGUUGAUGUAUUUGUCGAUAAAAGAAAAAUAUAAUACUGUAUUACAUUUUUCCUUUUUUAUAUAAUUACGGAUUUGGAUUGAAAAACUUUAGCAGUAGAUGAAAUAAUACAUCGCUCUUUUCAAGUAUUAUUCACUUACGCAGACAGACGGAAAAACAAUUCCAUUAUAAUCUUUAUAAUCUAAACUGAUUUAUUUAGAUAGUGAAUGUAAUAGUUAACAUGAGAUAUCAUCACUCAGUAUACCAAAAUCUUUAAGCUAUUAAACCGGUCUUGUUGACCUUGUUACUGUCAAGGAUAUCCACUCAAACACUUCCUGCGUUUCACGACUGUACUGCAAUAGUACAGCAUCGCUAAGAUCUGUGUGUAAUCUACAUUUAACAACUUAUUUGUUUACUCAUUGGUGAAAUAGGGGCCUAUAUCUAUACCGAGAAUUGCUUAUAUCUAUACCGAGAAUUGCUUAAGCUUCAUUAGGAUUCGUGAGCGUGGGUUGUUCAACUGACGUCCUGUUCUGAACAAAAUCUAGUCUUGUGGAAGUUGAUUUAUAAAUUAACUGUGUACGUGAGAACAUUUGAAAUGAAACUUCUUGCCAAUAUGGCGAAUGGAAAUGCGGAGAUAUUCAACGUUAUAGGAUCCUCAUAUGGGACAGGAGACCGCCACUCGGCAGCUCCGAACGAAAUUUUUGUAAAUAGAUCAUUGCAUCUAGAAAAUGUUAAGUUCUACGGGUUUGAUAUGGAUUAUACAUUGGCUGAAUACAAAUCGCCUCAGUAUGAGACAUUAGGAUUCAAUUUAACCAAAGAAAGAUUAGUACAUAAAGGCUAUCCGAGUGAAAUAUUAGAAUUCGAAUAUGACCCUUCAUUUCCAGUAAGAGGUCUGUGGUUCGACACAUUAUAUGGCAACUUAUUAAAAGUAGACGCUUAUGGUAACAUUUUAGUGUGUGUGCACGGAUUUGAAUUUCUAAAACAUUCACAAGUAUACGAAUUGUACCCCAAUAAAUUCUUAACACUAGACGAGUCGAGAGUGUAUGUGCUGAACACGCUGUUUAAUUUGCCUGAAACAUAUCUAAUAGCGUGUUUAAUUGAUUUUUUCACAAAUUCACCGCAAUAUACCAGAGAAAAGACGGGUGUAAGAUGCGGGGACCUAGCAAUGUCAUUUAAAUCUAUUUUCCAAGACGUCAGAAGUGCAGUAGACUACGUGCAUAUACACGGAGAUUUAAAAAAGAAAACAAUUGAAAAUCUACCUUUGUACUUGAAGAAAGACGAAAGGCUGCCGACGUUCUUAUCAAGAAUUACGGAAAGCGGAGCCAAACUGUUCAUAUUGACUAACAGCGAUUACAACUUUACUGAUAAAAUCAUGAAUUACUUGUUUGAUUUUCCACAUGGUGCUAAGCCCGGAGAGCCACACAGGAAUUGGAAGACGUAUUUCGACUGGAUAGUUGUGGACGCUAAAAAGCCGCUGUUCUUCGGCGAAGGCACCACCCUCCGGCAGGUGGACACCCGCACCGGGGCUCUCAAGAUGGGCCACCACGUUGGCCCUCUGCAUGAAAAAUUAGUAUAUUCUGGAGGUUCUUGCGACGUUUUCACCGAACUAAUUGGCGCUAAAGGCAAAGACGUCCUGUACAUAGGCGACCACAUUUUCGGCGAUAUUCUCAAGUCAAAAAAAAUUGGCGGAUGGCGGACAUUUUUAAUAGUACCUGAAUUAGUGCAGGAAUUACAUGUUUGGACGGAUAAGUGUCAGCUGUUUGCGCAACUACAAAACCUUGAUGUACAGUUAGGAGAUAUGUACAAGGACCUCGAUUCGAGUACGAAGGAGAAGCCGGAUAUAUCGAAGCUACGUAUGGCCAUCCGUGAUGUGACACACAAGAUGGACCUCGCAUACGGCAUGCUAGGAUCGCUGUUCCGUUCAGGAUCUAGACAGACGUUUUUCUCAUCACAGGUGGUGAGGUAUGCGGACUUGUAUGCAGCCUCGUUCCUGAAUCUGAUGUACUACCCAUUCUGCUACAUGUUCCGCGCGCCGGCGAUGCUCAUGCCGCAUGAGUCUACCGUCGCGCACGAGCAACGGUUCACCCUUGACGCGCCCACCAUUGACAGAUCCAGACACCCGAGUGCUCAGAGGGCGUUCAGCGUCGCUAGUGUGAGCAUAUCUGAAGAUACGUCCGAAGAUGUCGCCACAGUGGCACCAGAGGCUGUUGAUAAUAAAAUCCCCGUGUCUGUACCCCAUGUGCGACCUGAAACUCCACGCCAACUGACCCAUACCCAUGACGAAGAUUGCUCCGAUGAUGAAGAAGUCAACAAGUCUGCACAAAUCAAAUAAACGGCAUCUAUAUCAAUAACUAUCUUCUGAGGUAUAUUAUGUUACAGAAAAAAAAGUAAUUAUGAUUGCAAGAAUAACAGUCAUAACUGCUUUCGAUUGGUACACUAAGCUAAAGUAAUUUUGCACUGUUAUUUUCAGUCAUAAUUACUUUACUGUAACAUCAUAAACAUUAUUUGAAAGUCAAUUCUGUGAUUUAUAGGUCGUUACGUAAUGAUAUAAUUAUUAUUAUUAUCCACUGCCAGAUUUCGUGGAUAUAGUUGGAAAAUAGAUUUUUGGUUUUAGUAUCUAAUUGUUCACUACUAAAAAGUUAAAAGUUGUUCGAAUUUAAUCAUUUCCUGAAAAGAUUGCCAUAAUUAGUAGUUAGGUGAUUUGUUUCACAUACAUAAUAAUAUAUCACUGGAAACUUACUGAGAAAAACAUUAUAUAUUUAUAUUUGACGCACUAUGUUAUUAUUUAGACAGUGUGCCAAAUAUAAAUAUCUAAUGUUUUUCUCAAGAGUUUAAAUUUAUAAAUACAUUUAAUCACAAUGUCAGAAUUCAAACAUGAUGGCUCUAGCAAAUAAAUUUGUCAUUUCUAGUGCGUGCACAAAAAACAAAGGCAUUCUGCAGACUAUAGAAUAUCAUAUUUGAUACCACUUCGUGGGUAGGAAAUAUGAGUUAUUUUACAAUUACGAUUGAUGUUGAAGGCUAUAAUAAGAACUAUUGGAAAUUGGGAUACAUUUGUCAACUUUGUCUUUACUUGUGAGCCUACGGAUAUUGAGCCUAAAACGCCUCUAUAGGAUAUAUAUAUAUUAAAAAAUAGAGAUGCUAAACUAAUUUACAAUUCUUAGCUAUGUUAUUAUGUGUUUAUGAGUAGCUUUUGUCAGGUUGUGUUUAUUGCUUCGAUAUUUAUUAGUACUGUCUGUACAUCAAUGUCAAAUGAAUCGGCCACAUUAGCAGAUGAGUCUACUGAUAGUUUCAUUACCACAUAUAUGAGAUAAACUGAGACAGCACUAGUAUCUAAAUUCAUAAUUUCUUUCAGUGCUAUUUAUACUUUAUUAUUUGAUAAUAAUAAUAAGUCGGAAAAAACAUAUUAAUGGCGAAAUGAAAGCUACUUAUA